UUUGUACUCUCAGUAUAUAAAUAAGAGCUAGUCAAGAACUGAAAACAGAUUUCACAUUGAUUGAUGUGGAGACACCAGCCGCAAUGAGGAACUCCUCUACCUUUCUGGCAGCCACUCUCUCGAUUGUCGUUUUUCUCCUAAUUCCUGAAGAUCUCUGUGAAAAAAUUAUUGGAGGAAAUGAAGUGACUCCUCAUUCAAGACCCUACAUGGUGCUACUUAAGGGGGAAAAUAUCUGUGCCGGAGCUUUGAUUGCCAAAAACUGGGUAUUGACUGCAGCUCACUGUGACCUGAACCGGAAAACCCAGAUCAUUCUUGGGGCUCACUCAAUAACCAAGAAAGAGCCUGAAAAACAGAUCAUGUCCAUUAAGAAAGAGUUUCCCUAUCCGUGCUAUGACCAGGACACACGUGAAGGCGAUCUUAAGCUUCUAAAGCUGAACAAAAAAGCAACACUUAAUAAAAAUGUGGCUAUCCUUCAGCUCCCAAAAGUGGGCAGUGAUGUGAAACCAGGAACUGCGUGUCGAGUUGCAGGGUGGGGAAAGUUUCACAAUAAUUCCCCUCGGUCUGAUAUUUUGAGAGAAGUCAAUGUCACUAUCAUAGACAGAAAAAUCUGCAAUGAUCAGUCACACUAUAAUUAUAAACCUGUGAUUGGACUGAAUAUGAUUUGUGCUGGAAGCCUCCAAGGUGGAAAAGACUCCUGCGAGGGAGAUUCUGGAAGCCCUCUGAUAUGUGAAGGCACUUUCAGAGGCAUCACUGCCUUUGGCAUGGAGGGGAAAUGCGGAGACCCUCGAGGGCCCGGCGUCUAUAUCCUUCUCUCAAAGAAACACCUCAACUGGAUAGUUAAGACUAUGAAGCAAGCGGUUUAGAUACUUGUAUUUCAAUAAAAAAUGUUAUUGAAGUAUAGUUGAUUACAAAGUUGUAUUAGUUUCAGGUCACAGCAGAGUGAAUCAGAGUUACGCAUAUAUCCACUCUUUUUUUAUAUUCUUUUCCUAUAUAGGCCAUUACAGGGUAUUAAAUAAGAGUUCCCUGUUCUACAAAGCAAGUUCUUAUUAGUUACCUAUUUUAAAUAAAUUGAUAGUAGUAUGUAUAUGUCAGUACCAAUCUCUCAAUAUAUCACUCCCCCCAUCCCUGAUAACCUUAAGUUUGUUUUCUACAUCUGUGACUCUACUUUUGUUUCAUCAAUAAGUUCAUUUUACCCCUUUUUUUCAAUUCCACAUACAUGUGAUAUCAUAUGAUAUUUGACCUUCUGUGUCUGACUUACUUCACUAAGUAUGACAGUCUCUAGGUCCAGCCACAUUGCUGCAAAUGACAUUACUUUGUUCUUCUUCACGGCUGAGUAAUAUUCCACUGUGUAUAUGUACCACAUCUUCAUUAUCCAUUCCUUCGAUUGACAUUUAGGUUGCUUCCAUGUCCUGGUUAUUUUUAAGUGGUGUUGCAGUGAACAUUGGGAUGCAUAUAUCUUUUUGAAUUACGGUUUUCUUCAGAUAUAUACCCAGUGCUGUCAUUUCUUAAUUUCAUCAUAAAUAAAACCAACUUCUAUCACUGCACUUGUCUCCUAUAACUUAUAGCAGGCAGAUAUCCACCAGCAAAGUGGAACAGAGUAAUAUAGAGACCUUGUGGAUAAUGCGAGGGACAGAUCAAGGGACCAGGGCCACCUGUGUCAUCCAUGUGAUAAGUGACAUGCAAAUUUGACUUGAAUUAUUCACUUCACUGAUUCAAUGGGCCGGGCCUAGCAGGAGGAACACUAAGGUCAGUCUGCCUAGUAACAAGUACAGUCAAGGGCCCAGCAAUUCUGCAAUAAACAGAAGCAGCCAGUCUGAAGCAUUUGGAUUAAAAGGAAAUAUUUGCCCUUCACAGGCCACUGUUCCACAUCAACACCUGCUAUUCAGAUUUAUAUACAAGAAUCUGAGUCCAUUGGGAGAAGCAGAAACAGGAAAUGCCUUAGAGUAUUUUUCAAAGCAGGCAAGAAAUGGAAAUUAAAAUUCUAGGGGAUAUUAACAAGCCAUUUAGCUAGAGAAAGCCUCCUUUCUCAGUAGUGUGAAUUUAAGCCUUGGGUUACUAGGUGAUUUCUUGGUUCUCCUUGUCCUUGAGCCUGGGUAGGUACAACCAACAUGGUUAUGGUGGCUGCCAUCUCAUACUAGGGAGUGAGUGUUGAAUCAUGGUCUGAAAGUUUUCUAUGGGAGAAAAACCAAGAUGUUCAUUCAGCAUGCUGAACAUAGUGGAUAAUCAUCAGUCCAGUAGCCACAUCAAGAUGAGAUUAUAUGAACAGAUUCCUUUGAUUUCCAUCAGUUCAUUUUGGACUAUAAAUCUUAUGUGUGUAUAUGUAUGUAUAUAAACAUAUACAUAUAUACACAUGGUAUGUCCAAACUAAGAACACACAGCAACACUUAGAGACAGCUUCUUAAAACAAACGAAGGGACAUAGCUUAUAGACUGACCAAAAUACUGGUCCACUGGUUUUCAACCAUGGCUGCCCAUUAGACUUACCAGGCUCUUUAAAAUUACCAAUGUCUAUGCCUCACUUUUAGAAAUUUUUAUUUAAUUUGAUGAGAACCAGGACAGAGUGUUCUUUUUAUAAGUUUCCCCAAUGAUUUUAAUAUGCAGCUGGUGAUAAGAACCCUUAUAUUAGAAAGUGAAAUCUCAUGCUGAUAUCUAAAAGAGAUAAGAGAGUCACUAGGAUGAUACUUUAGAUGCCUGCUAUAAUCCAUAAUUAGGAUUAUAAUAGCAAUAAGAAGAUGAAAUAUUCUCUACUGGCAACAUUUAUUACAGAUUUUGAAGUUCACUUAAAAAUAGUUGUGUGAAACUCUUGUUCAUUGCUGGUGGAAAUGUAAAUUGGUAGAGUUUCUUAGGAAAAGUGAAAGUGUCUAUUAAAACUGAAGACACACAUAUGCUAUGACUUAACAAUUCUUACUCUUGGGUAGAGACCAAACAGAAAUGAGGGCUUUUCCCCACCAAAUAUGUGUUUGAGAAUGUCCAUAGCAACUUUAUCCUUGAAAGUUAAAAUUAAAAAUAAAUGUCCAUCUAUAAUAAAAUAGAAAAACAAUUGUUGUAUAUACAAUGGGAUAUUACACAGCAAUUAAAAGACCAAACUACAGUUACAUGUAGCAACAGUAACUACUUCUACAAGUUUGAUGUUGAGUAAAAGAAACCAGACUUCACAUAAAAGAAUAUUUACUGUAUUAUUACAUUUAUCUGAAGAUUGGCAGAAGGCAAAACUAAUUCAUGGUGACCAAGGUCAGAAUAAUGGAGGGGUGUUGACUAAGUGACACAAAGAAUCUUCUGGGGUAAAAGAAAUGUUCACAUCUUGAUCUAGAUGAUUUACUCAUAGAUCUUGAUCUUAAUCUAUUCAUAAAUUAAAUACAUUGAGCUAUACACUUAAGAUUUAUAUGCUUUAUGUGAAUUAUUACUCAAUAAAAAUUUUAUACUACACAA